AUGGGCUCGAAUGCCGAAUGCGCUGCCAUGCCCCCGCCACCCAUGGUGCCCUUGACGACAGAUACCAGUUCAAACAUGAUCAAUGAGACACAGAAUACGCAGGUAUCGGAUAUGCAGACUGAGGCUAUCAUUCUUUCACAGGAAGGGAUGGAUAAUCAAGCUCCCAUACCGUCUAUGACCUAUGCAUCCAGUUCGAGCGAACUGUCGUCGGUGUCGUCGAUAUCCGCUCACGAGGGUUUCAGCUCAACAGUGAUUGCGACUGGUGACAUUCCAAAUAUUGAGUCAAAGGAAUAUAAUUUACCACCGACUAAAUCUGAGCUCUCGUUAAAAUAUCCAAAUUCUUUCACGGGGUGGAGAAAUAUCGCACCUGCUCCGUCCCCUGCAGCCGUGCUAUCACCAUCUAUAACUGCUACUACUACUACUGCUGCUGCUACCGCUACUAUAGGAGCCGUUCGAAAUGCUGAAGGGGUCGAAGUGCACCUUGCAUCGACACCAAAGACGAGCCCUUCCAAGCCGGCCCCACAACGUCGUAGAACAAUGGGGGGUGCGAAAUCGCGGAAUACUCGAAAAUCCGGUCGCCACGACGAUGAUGAAGGGGUCAUCAAAGCAGAGGAUUCGGACUCUGAUGAAUCUUCUGAUGCACAGCUAACGACCACACAAACGAAAUCAGGCCGUCAGAUCCAUAGGCCAACAAUGUUCACUCCGGAGCAGAACCAACCGAAAUCCGCAAGUCCCGAUGCGAGUCAGCAGCAGCAACAACCACCACCACCACGGAAGCGGAGGCGAGUGUAUCGCAAAGGCAAAGAAGCUAACGUGGUAUGUCUUCGUUGCGAUAGAGGGCAUAGUCCGAAGUGUAAUGCGAUCGUGUUUUGUGAUGAAUGCAAUGCCCCUUGGCAUCAAUUUUGUCAUGACCCGCCUAUUGGAGAAGACGUUAUUUCUGUAAAGAAAAUGGAGUGGUUUUGCAGAGAAUGCCGUCCGGUUGACGCUCCCCUUGAUCCGGUCCUGCAAGCAAAUGAACAACUUGGGUUCACACGUUUGCACCCUUCUACCUCGCCCUCGAUGCUAACAAGUGCGCCACAAACUCCUUUGCUUGGAAGCUCUCAGUUCAGCAAAGCAGAGAAGAAGAGCUACCUUUCUAGUUUAUCACAUGCCGCGCUGGUCAAUUUACUGGUCAAUAUAUCCGAAUCUAGGCCAGAUAUCCCUAUUUUUCCUGCAAACUUGAAUGAGCUUAAUGCAUCAUCAUUUAAUUCUGAUAACUCGACAACAGCAUCUGCGAAUAAUUUGAACGGAUCCGCCACCAUUUCGCAACAAAACAAAAUAUCGAGGCAUGUUACGGCUAGCGCCACACUUACUCCGAUAUCAUCAAAACGGCCAUUCGAGAGCGUACCUGCUAGCACAAGUAAUGGUGAUAGCAAUGAGAACGAUGGUGGAUUUAGCGAUGAGGAACAGGUGGAAGAACACCGUUUAUACCCAAGACCAGGCAACGGAUUUCGACUUCCGCCUGAUACUGAAGAUCUAGACGUUCUUCUUGAGGAUCCCUCGAGUACAACUUUCAGCCAUGCGCUUCAUGGACCGGCGGCGGAAGCUAACCAGUUACAGAUGGUCGGUGGAAUAGCUUAG